AAUGAUGACCGAGGAAGGAUGUGCACCAGCGGCCAGAUCAUUGGGAGCCUCUUGGUGCUCUCUGUGCUGGAGAUAGGGCUGGGGGUGUCCAGCGUGGCCGUGGGGGCGGUCAGCUUCAGCCUGGCCCUCCGACAGCACAAGCCGCAGCUCGGAGACUCGUCCCCGGUAUGGAGCGGGGUGUGUUUUCUUCUUUGCGGCAUAUGUGGAAUAUUUUGCGCCAAAAAAAAAUCUGGACUUGUCAUGAUCCUCUUUUCUGCCUGCUGCAUCUGUGGACUCAUUGGGGGCAUACUGAAUUUUCAGUUCCUUCGGGCAGUGACGAAGAAGACGUCUUCCCUCUACCCUCUGCAUCUCGCCUCCAUGUCCCUUGCAUGCAUUGGGAUUGGCGGCUGCACCCUCUCUUCAUGGCUCACUUGUCGACUAGCCAGCUAUGAACAGAGGAGGAUGUUCUCAGAAAGGGAGCAUUCUUUGCAUCACUCACACGAAAUGGCGGAGAAAAGAUUGAGGGCUAUUGAAAUAACCGACUUGCCCAGCUGCCCGAUGGUGCCCCCGACACCAGAGUUACCUACAAGGAAGUGACAGACGGCAUGAGCAAUGGAGGACCACAACUGAUAUUUAAUGGAAGACUGUAUUAACUCAAUGUUUUAAAGAACUAAACAUUUUUUUAGGAUUUUCAUGAGGCAAGGAAAUACUGAAGGACUAGGAGAUAAAACUGAAACAGUCCUUGCAUUCACUGUUAUCUCUCCUGAACACCCACUAAAAUUAUUCUUCCUUAAUUUUGCCUCACUUACUUCUUCAGCUAUUUUUAGUGGGUGAAAAACUUUCCAGAAAUGUUCUAGUACAAUAAUCUCAACAGACUUUCCAGAUUGUUCUAAAAAAGACUUUUCAGAAAUAAAAGAAGAAGAACAGGUAAAACAUAAUGAUUCAUAUUCUACACGAGCACUAUUUGACUAGCAUGAGUGUUAGAUUUAUAAUGACAUAUUUCAUAUAAGUAAUUAAAAAGCGCAAAUAUCAAGAAAUAACAAUAAUUUAAUGUCUUUGUUUUGAAAGACGAUGGCUUCAAGAAUGCCACAAUUCAAAACCUCAGCAAUGCCUUGUUGUAAAAACAUUGUAAUUAUUUUCAAUUUGUGAAUGAAUUAUAUUUCAUAAAUUAUUUGUAAAUGACAAAAAACU